CCGUAACCGAUGCAAACCGUGCGCGUGCGCGCCGCAGUGCUCUUCGCAUAAUGCCAUGAUCAUAUUAAGCACUUGUUAUUUACAAGUGCCAAAUAUAUUUCUCGCCGAGUAAUAUGUCCCAACGUAUAUAAUCCUCCCUCACUACAAUGCCUUGAGCACCAAGUCUCCAUACACCAUCACCUUCUCUCCAUGUUUUCUACAGCUCCUCUCCCCUGGUAUGUUGCCCCUAAGCCCACCAUCUCCCGUCCACCCUUGCACAAUGCUCGCUAUGAGGGAUGGGUCCGUCCCCCAAUACAACUUCCCCGUGUUGAUACCCCCUCGCGCCAUCCCUAUGAGGUUGCCACCACCAAUAGCCAACCUCAUCGCUACGCAACUCACCCCCGCAUGAUUUCGGGGGCGCAAGCCCAUGAUAUAAUGGGUCACGCUCAACGCCGCAACAUCCCUUCAUGGCAAUGGAUCGGUGGCGCCUAUACUCCCUCUCUCCAAGGCGCUUCUGAGAUGCGCACCAGAGCUCAACAUGAUACGGAGAACACAUGCCUCAUAUAUGACCAUUCCACACGACAAACGAUGCCAUUAAACAUCAACGACACCAAAAAGGCCCACCCCCAUCCUUUUCCAUCAUCAUCUCCAUUUGCGGGCUGCGGAUACGAAUUCCUCCGCGUCCCACUUACGCCAGAGAGGCCUAGGCAGAUACGGCUCACCAGCCCAGACUUCCCCUGGGCGUUUGACAUCGGCCCAAGUGCAGGAGAAGAGGUUGUAACGUGUCUUGACGUCCUCUCUACUCUGCACGCCGAAUUGCAGCGCCCGCUUACAGACAUGGAGUGGGGCACUGCUGGAGACGAGAAACGUGCAAGUCUUAUCAGAGCGCGCGAUCGUCGUCUAUGGAUACAACUUGCGCUACAAGGGAGUUCGGGCUCUGCGGCACGCACUAGACCCACAGUGAGCUUUGAGAGGCCUGUGCAGCGAGAACCGCUGCUACUCCGUGUAGACUGGCUUGGAUCCAGCGUUGCAUUCAUGGGGCUUGUCAAGGAUGAGGCUUUUGCGAGAAAAAGAUUCGUUCCAGGUGGUGGGGAGCGCCCUGAGACGUGGGUGGUGAAGUUCCAGAAAUUAUGA